AUUUCUUGCAUCACACUCUUUAAUUCUCAUCUCUCUUCUAUUACAAAGAAAACAAAAAUGUAUUUGGUCUUUCUCAUACUUUCUUUAGUCUUAAAAAUGUCAACCCUAGAAGCUUGCCCUAAAUGUGGGAGCAUGGAAGUUCCAUACCCUCUAAGCACAGCUGAAAACUGUGGAGAUUCUAGGUAUAGAAUUUACUGUAACAAUGGUGCCCUUCAAUUCCUAUCAUCUCAAGGUUUUUACUAUAAAAUCCUCAGCAUAAACCCUAGGGCUAAUAAGCUCGUUAUAGCCCCUCCGGCGAUACAAAAGAACACGUGUCAUUCGUCUGAUGUCGGUUUAGGUGGAUUAAUGCUUGAUGAUAAGUUACCGUUUAAUAUAUCUAAUCGUAAUACUGUAAUGUUGUUUAAUUGUUCCGUAGAUAUUUUAAAGUCGCCUUUGAAUUGCUCGGCGAGCAGCUUUUGUAGAGAGUUUGAGGAAGAAAAUGAUGAAGGGGGGUGUAAAGGUACGCUUUGUUGUCAUUUCUUGAAAGAUUCGGCGAUGACUUCGCAUAGGAUUAGGGUUAGGACCGAAGGGUGUACUGCUUAUACUUGUGUUGUGGAUAUGAAGGCCGGAGAUCCGGUGGGCGUCUGGAACUAUGGCAUUGAGCUUCAAUGGCUGCCUCCAUACUCGAUGGGGCGAGUUUAGGCCAUCGCAAAUCUCGUUUUUCGUCUCUCGCAACUCCAACACCAUGCCAUAUUUUACUUCAAAAUAGUGAGUGUGCACCUCAUAUUUUACUUUAAAAUGGUGUCUGCUAAGGUGGAUCAUCAAUGAGUCAAUUUUUAUUUUUGUGUAUGUAUAAAAUGAAUAAAAAAAGAAGAGAAGAAAAUAAAUAAAUUUAAGUUUGUAGUGUUGAAAAUAUUACUAUUGUAUAUUGAAAUAAAUUAUGUAUUGCGGCUAUCGCCUACUCUAAAAUGGAUUUUUGUGCUGGAGACGAGUUAUCGUUAAUUGCUUGUAUAAGAUUCUUACAUUAUCUAAUUAAGGGUAAUAUUUGAGUUGAA